AUGUCUUCGAGCGACGCCGCCACAAAGCAGCGCGCCCGUGCCAGAGACCCGACCCCCGCCUCCGACAGCUCCCCCGAUACGAAGAAGCCGCGCUCCUCCGGCCCCCCUGCCACCAGCACCAUGCCCAGUGCUCCGACUCCUCCGUCCCCCCCGACGGCGGACCACCACCCCAAUGAGGACGAGCUGACUGCCCGGUAUUACCGCGAUGAUGAGAGCAACUGGUACAAGCGCUCCAACGACUAUUGGGAUGCCGUUGAGCCGACGGUUGACGGCAUGCUCGGUGGCUUCGCGGUUCUCUGUCCGGAGGACUCACGCACCAGCCUGGAAUUCCUCAAGACCAUGACCGACCGCGGACUCAUCAACACCAAGCUGGUCCUGGACUGCGGCGCCGGCAUUGGACGCGUGUCGGACAAGGUCUUGCUCAAGGUCUUCGACCAGUCGGAUCUUUUGGAGCCCUGCACCGCCUUCGUAGACCAGGCCAAGCG